GACAUUCAAGUGAGCAACCCGCGAUAUAUGAUCGACAUGGAAACAUACAAUGCUCUCCAUGGUGAAGAGGAUGAAGUUCGCAAUCAGGCAGAUACCCUUCCUUGGCGAGGCAAUUUGACUCCGGAGGAGAUGCAGAGCGAGGGCCCGCCUCCUGGGAAUUUCACCCUUCUUCUCCCGCCGACCAUCAAAGCGUUCAGAUUCCAUGACAAGAAGUGGAAAACUUUGGCUGUAGAGCAUCUUCAAGACAUCAAUUGGGACACCGAAGCAUUCAAGAAGCUGGUUUUUGACAAGCAGAAGAAGAAACUCAUACAAGCACUGGUGAUGAAUCAUGUCGUGAACAGCUCUUCAGCUGACAUCAUCGAAAGCAAAGGCAAUGGCCUCAUCAUACUCUUGCAUGGCCCACCAGGAACCGGCAAAACGUUGACCGCAGAGAGCGUGGCGGAGUUCUCCAAGCGGCCCUUGUAUCGCCUGACCUCAGGGGAUAUUGGCACGGACCCCGAGAUUGUUGAGAAGAGCCUGGAGCACAUCUUCUACCUGGGAAACAUCUGGAAAGCAGUGGUCCUGCUGGACGAAUGCGAGGUCUUUAUGGAGGAGAGGGUUCCGACUGAUUUGAAGCGGAACGCCCUGGUAUCAGUCUUCCUCAGGGCGCUGGAGUAUUACGAUGGAAUUCUCAUACUCACUUCAAACAGAGUCGGAACCUUUGACGAGGCUUUCAAAUCUCGCAUGCAUCUCGCUAUGUACUAUCCCACUCUAGAACAAGAUGACCGCGAGGAGAUCUGGUCGAACUUCUUCCAGAAACUCGCAGACGAGAAGGACCAGGAUCCAGGUCUGGACAUUGAUGUCAAGGGCCUGAUGAGUAGCACCCAGAGCCUCGCCCAGCACAAGAUCAACGGUCGGCAGAUUCGAAACGCCAUACGGACUGCGAGACAACUAGCUUUGUUUGACAACGAAACAUUCUCAGCGAGCCAUAUCCGUGAUUGUAUCAAAGUUGUCAAGGAGUUUGAGAGAUAUGUCGAGGAGACACAAGGCGAGUCUUCCACGAAGCGGGCAGAGCUGACUGGCAUACGAAAGGAUCCAGAGUCUUGAUACAUCUGCGUUGCAAGAAAUAAUUUCUCUGUUCGUCUUUCGCUCGUUUUCAGAUUGGCUCUAGUAUUGUUUGAUUCCUGAUACCAUAUAAACGAAUCUAAUGCUAUGAUUUUCCAACUGCAUUCGUGUAUUUUGCAAUACCUAGCACAUACAUGACCUCCAGUGCUGGGAACCAUUCUUUGUUGACUUGCUUGAUGGCACAUGUUUUAGCCUUUCUGUCUAGUUCAAAACUGUGUGCAACAGUCUGAGCAGGCUACUUUUGUUGCUUCUUCAAGCAAUCGAGCUAGAUACUACAUAAUCAAAACAAAUUCAAUCCCUAGAUACAGCAUUGAUGGAUCAAAUAAUAAAAUGAGUCCCACCAAGCCCCUAGGUAAGUAUGGUGACUUCCUGCCACAUAUAGGAUACCUUGAGGCGUGAUUCGUUCAACCCCAAAACCCAUACGGAAGAUUAUCAUGCGUUGAUCCGAGAAUGUUCCACGAGCUUCAGUCCUUUCCUUUGUCACCAAAGUCCGGUUUCCACUCCUCUGGGCUAAAGUCUGGAUUGUGAUAGUGCGCCGUAUUGAAGUACGAGUUCUUGAAUAUAGGCGUCUCAAGGCUAAUGGUGUUGAUAGACUUCUGCUGUCGGGCCGGCCGACUAAAUCUUUGGCGUAUAGAGGCUGGUGUGGGCGGGAGCCAGACAAAUCGCCCUCGCCGCUUCGGAUCCUUCUGCGUCUCUCCACUGCCAGAGCCUGGUGAAAUAUACUCGGUGCUCUGCGGUUCGGACGAGGAAAGUGGCACUGGGGCGACCUUGGGACCUGGCGUUGGUCCGCUGGGUGAUUUUCCUUCGAAGGCGAGGAGGCGCUUCUUGAAUACCUUUCGGUCCUCUGUAUAAUCAUCUGAAAUGGUCCAACGCACUGCUGUAUCAUUUCUCGCUCGCUUAAGGGGGUUGCGAGGCACCACCCGGGCUGGGAAGGGACUAAUCAUGGUGUUGAGAGGGACUCCUGGUGAAAAUGCGGAAAACGCUCGAGUAAAUAGGCGUGAGACGAAUCGGCAGUGUAUCCGGUGUCGUGAGGGCAACCACCGAGGAAUGUCAGUGAGUGUACAAUCUCUGGAGGCGUUCAAUAUCUAUUUGCGGGAUUCUGGGUAGUCUGGCCAAAAUUUGGAGGAAUCUGCCUCAACAGUUCAUAAUUAACGAGCGAGAAAUGCAGCUCAUGAGCAUAUCGGGCGAGAGAACCUGUUCUCGAUUCGAUAAAG